AUGGUACGGAUUAUUAUAAUUUUGCUUUGCCUUGGAUAUACAAAGGCUCGGAUCUUGGAUGGGACCAAUACCAAUCAUACAGAUUUAGAGGAUCGACUUCUGAGCCUUCUUCUAAGAUUGCAACAGGAGCAAUUCUUCAACACUCUAUUAAUUUAUGGAGAAGAUUGCGCGUUUAGCUCUUUGUCAAGGAGAUUGCAAGUCCCCACAAUAUUGGUUACUUCGGGUAGCACCAGCUUUGAAUGGAAUUACAGUAGCCUAGCACUUAUUCUCACCUGUGAGUUUCUAGCCGAGAGGGAGGAGAACUAUCAAACUCUGAAGAAGCUGCAAAUGAACAGGCGACUGAUCCUUCUGAAUGGGAAUAUAAGACCGGACGCCGUAUGCGACUUCUAUUCUAAGAAGGAUCAAUACAAUAUAGCCAUGGUGAACAACAAUUUCCAUCAGGUCGGGAUUAUAUACGCCUGUCGGCUAUUUCAGGAAAGAAACUAUGAAAAAGUGUAUCUAUUCGAGAGUAAUCCAAUAUAUGUAGACCAAUUUCGAAAUAUGCAAGGAGCAAUGCUGAAAUCAAUCACAUUCAACCUGAUUCCUGGAUCUAUGGCAUACAGGGAUCCUAAAACUGGACAAGAGAAAUAUAUUGGAUAUGUAGCCAAUUUAUUGAAUAAUUUUGUUGAGAAAGUUAAUGCUACCUUGGAUAUGCAGGUGAAAUUACAUGAUUCUGGAAAGAAAACUUCUUUUUACAAUAUUACGAAAUGGGCCGCGGAAGAUCUGGUGGAUAUUGGCAUGAGCUACGCCGCCUACUUUGAAAUGACCAACUUCGACACGAUCUCAUAUCCGUACUUGAUGACAUCAACUUGUUUUAUGGUUCCCCUCCCGGACACGAUGCCCUAUAGUGAGAUCUACAUGGGCAUUGUGGAUCCACCGGUCCUGGUAGUGCUUAUUGCCAUAUUUUGUAUUUUCUCAGUCAUGCUAAACUAUAUCAAGCAAAGCUCGUGGCGUAGACUGAGCCUUGUUAAUGUUCUGAUGAACGAUAUCUGUUUGAGGGGAUUUUUGGCUCAGCCCUUUCCAUUUCCCCGCCAAUCCAACAGAAAACUGAAACUGAUUUCCAUGCUCGUUUGCUUCUUCAGUGUAAUCACCACCACAAUGUAUACGUCGUACCUGCAGUCCUUCAUGUGGGGUCCUCCAAUCGAUCCAAAGAUGUGUUCCUUUGCCGAUCUAGAGAAUUCCAGGUACAAGCUGGCCAUACGACAGUACGAUAUUGAGCUUCUGCGACCGUUUAACGUGAGCAUGGAUCAUGUGGAGGUGUUCGAUGAGUCCAAGCAACUGGAAAACUUGCGAGACUCCUUCGAUGACAACCAUAUGUACCCGAUGAGCGCCUUGAGUUGGAUUGCCUUCAAGGAGCAACAGAAGCUUUUCGCAUUCCCACUGUUUUACUAUUCAGAGAAACUCUGCUUAGAACCCAUCAGUUUUUUUAGUUUUCCCGUAAGACGACACUUGCCCUAUCGCGAUCUCUUUGAGGAACAUAUGAUGCAACAAAAUGAGUUCGGCUUAUCGAAGUACUGGAUCGAUCGGAGCUUCUCGGAUAUGGUAAGACUAAAACUGACAACCAUGAAGGAUUUCAGUCCAACACGGCUGGAUGAUUAUAUCGAAGUAAGCGAUCUUUUCUGGGUUUUUGGCAUGUACUUCACCGGACUGGGCAUCAGUUGCUGUUGCUUUGGAUUGGAGCUACUGGGAUUACCAAGUUGGACGCGACUCUUGAGGCUAACCAAUUGGCUUAGGGUUAGAAAUUAA